AUGUUGGCUUUUCUAGGGUCUAGUGUUGUAGAAGCAGCGGGUGUCACCGUAUGUUGGGUAAUUGGUCCUGAGAAAAUAAAACUGAUAAAAGGUUCAGUGUGGAUCUCAAGUUAUUUGUACAAUGUGGCGUGCGGGCACAAGGGGCGCUGUCACCACCUGACCACACACGGGAGCGGCGGAGACCACAAGGGCCUGUCCCGGGACGGGAGCGGCGGAGACCACAUGGGCCUGUCCCGGGACGGGAGCGGCGGAGACCACAAGGGCCUGUCCCGGGACGGGAGCGGCGGAGACCACAAGGGCCUGUCCCGGGACGGGAGCGGCGGAGACCACAAGGGCCUGUCCCGGGACGGGAGCGGCGGAGACCACAAGGGCCUGUCCCGGGACGGGAGCGGCGGAGACCACAAGGGCCUGUCCCGGGACGGGAGCGGCGGAGACCACAAGGGCCUGUCCCGGGACGGGAGCGGCGGAGACCACAAGGGCCUGUCCCGGGACGGGAGCGGCGGAGACCACAAGGGCCUGUCCCGGGACGGGAGCGGCGGAGACCACAAGGGCCUGUCCCGGGACGGGAGCGGCGGAGACCACAAGGGCCUGUCCCGGGACGGGAGCGGCGGAGACCACAAGGGCCUGUCCCGGGACGGGAGCGGCGGAGACCACAAGGGCCUGUCCCGGGACGGGAGCGGCGGAGACCACAAGGGCCUGUCCCGGGACGGGAGCGGCGGAGACCACAAGGGCCUGUCCCGGGACGGGAGCGGCGGAGACCACAAGGGCCUGUCCCGGGACGGGAGCGGCGGAGACCACAAGGGCCUGUCCCGGGACGGGAGCGGCGGAGACCACAAGGGCCUGUCCCGGGACGGGAGAGGCGGAGACCACAAGGGCCUGUCCCGGGACGGGAGAGAGGCUGAGACCACAAGGGUCUGUCCCGGGAGCGGCGGAGACCACAAGGGUCUGUCCCGGGAGCGGCGGAGACCACAAGGGCCUGUCCCGGGACGGGAGCGGCGGAGACCACAAGGGCCUGUCCCGGGACGGGAGCGGCGGAGACGACAAGGGCCUGUCCCGGGAGCGGCGGAGACCACAAGGGCCUGUCCCAGGACGGGAGUGGCGGAGACCACAAGGGCCUGUCCCGGGAGAGGCGGAGACCACAAGGGCCUGUCCCGGGAGAAGCGGAGAUCAUUAGGAUCUGUCCCGGGAGCGGCGGAGACCACAAGGGUCCCGGGAGCGGCGGAGACCACAAGGGUCUGUCCCGGGAGAGGCGGAGACCACAAGGGCCUGUCCCGGGAGAGGCGGAGACCACAAGGGCCUGUCCCGGGAGAAGCGGAGACCAUUAGGAUCUGUCCCGGGAGCGGCGGAGACCACAAGGGUCCGGGGAGCGGCGGAGACCACAAGGGUCUGUCCCGGGACGGGAGCGGCGGAGACCACAAGGGCCUGUCCCGGGACGGGAGCGGCGGAGACCACAAGGGCCUGUCCCGGGACGGGAGCGGCGGAGACCACAAGGGCCUGUCCCGGGACGGGAGCGGCGGAGACCACAAGGGCCUGUCCCGGGACGGGAGCGGCGGAGACCACAAGGGCCUGUCCCGGGACGGGAGCGGCGGAGACCACAAGGGCCUGUCCCGGGACGGGAGCGGCGGAGACCACAAGGGCCUGUCUCUGGACGGGAGCGGCGGAGACCACAAGGGCCUGUCCCGGGAGCGGCGGAGACAGCUAGGAUCUGUCCCGGGAGCGGCGGAGACCACAAGGGCCUUUCCCGGGAGCGGCGGAGACCACAAGGGCCUGUCCCGGGAGAGGCGGAGACCACAAGGGUCUGUCCCGGGAGAGGCUGAGACCACAAGGGCCUGUCCCGGCGGCGGAGACCACAAGGGCCUGUCCCGGGACGGGAGCGGCGGAGACCACAAGGGCCUGUCCCGGGACGGGAGCGGCGGAGACCACAAGGGCCUGUCCCGGGACGGGAGCGGCGGAGACCACAAGGGCCUGUCCCGGGACGGGAGCGGCGGAGACCACAAGGGCCUGUCCCGGGACGGGAGCGGCGGAGACCACAAGGGCCUGUCCCGGGACGGGAGAGGCGGAGACCACAAGGGCCUGUCCCGGGACGGGAGAGGCGGAGACCACAAGGGCCUGUCCCGGGACGGGAGAGCGGCGGAGACCACAAGGGUCUGUCCCGGGAGCGGCGGAGACCACAAGGGCCUGUCCCGGGACGGGAGCGGCGGAGACCACAAGGGCCUGUCCCGGGACGGGAGCGGCGGAGACGACAAGGGCCUGUCCCGGGACGGGAGCGGCGGAGACCACAAGGGCCUGUCCCGGGACGGAAGCGGCGGAGACGACAAGGGCCUGUCCCGGGACAGGAGCGGCGGAGACGACAAGGGCCUGUCCCGGGACGGGAGCGGCGGAGACGACAAGGGCCUGUCCCGGGACGGGAGCGGCGGAGACCACAAGGGCCUGUCCCGGGACGGGAGCGGCGGAGACCACAAGGGCCUGUCCCGGCGGCGGAGACCACAAGGGUCCCGGGAGCGGCGGAGACCACAAGGGUCUGUCCCGGGAGAGGCGGAGACCACAAGGGCCUGUCCCGGGAGAGGCGGAGACCACAAGGGCCUGUCCCGGGAGAAGCGGAGACCAUUAGGAUCUGUCCCGGGAGCGGCGGAGACCACAAGGGUCUGUCCCGGGAGCGGCGGAGACCACAAGGGCCUGUCCCGGGACGGGAGCGGCGGAGACCACAAGGGCCUGUCCCCGGGAUGGGGGCGGCGGAGACCACAAGGGCCUGUCCCGGGACGGGAGCGGCGGAGACCACAAGGGCCUGUCCCGGGUGAGGCUGAGACCACAAGGGUCUGUCCCGGGAGCGGCGGAGACCACAAGGGUCUGUCCCGGGAGUGGCGGAGACCACAAGGGCCUGUCCCGGGACGGGAGCGGUGGAGACCACAAGGGUCUGUCCCGGGAGCGGCGGAGACCACAAGGGCCUGUCCCGGGAGAGGUGGAGACCACAAGGGUCUGUCCCGGGAGCGGCGGAGACCACUAGGAUCUGUCCCGGGAGCGGCGGAGACCACAAGCCUGUCCCGGGAGAGGCGGAGACCACUAGGAUCUGUCACGGGAGCGGUGGAGACCACAAGGGCCUGUCCCGGGACGGGAGCGGCUGAGACAACAAGGGUCUGUCCCAGGAGCAGUGGAGACCACAAGGGCCUGUUCCGGGACGGGAGCGGCGGAGACCACAAGGGCCUGUCCCGGGAGAGGCGGAGACCACAAGGGCCUGUCCCGGGAGAGGCGGAGACCACAAGGGUCUGUCCCGGGAGAGGCGGAGACCACAAGGGCCUGUCCCGGGAGAGGCGGAGACCACAAGGAUCUGUCCCGGGAGCGACGGAGACCACUAUGAUCUGUCCCGGGAGCGGCGGAGACCACAAGGGCCUGUCCGGGGACGGGAGCGGCGGAGACCACAAGGGCCUGUCCCGGGACGGGAGCGGCGGAGACCACAAGGGCCUGUCCCGGGACGGGAGCGGCGGAGACCACAAGGGCCUGUCCCGGGACGGGGGCGGCGGAGACCACAAGGGCCUGUCCCGGGACGGGGGCGGCGGAGACCACAAGGGCCUGUCCCGGGACAGGAGCGGCGGAGACCACAAGGGCCUGUCCCGGGACGGGAGCGGCGGAGACCACAAGGGCCUGUCCCGGGACGGGAGCGGCGGAGACCACAAGGGCCUGUCCCGGGACGGGAGCGGCGGAGACCACAAGGGCCUGUCCCGGGACGGGGGCGGCGGAGACCACAAGGGCCUGUCCCGGGACGGGAGCGGCGGAGACCACAAGGGCCUGUCCCGGGUGAGGCUGAGACCACAAGGGUCUGUCCCGGGAGCGGCGGAGACCACAAGGGUCUGUCCCGGGAGCGGCGGAGACCACAAGGGCCUGUCCCGGGACGGGAGCGGCGGAGACCACAAGGGCCUGUCCCGGGUGAGGCUGAGACCACAAGGGUCUGUCCCGGGAGCGGCGGAGACCACAAGGGUCUGUCCCGGGAGUGGCGGAGACCACAAGGGCCUGUCCCGGGACGGGAGCGGUGGAGACCACAAGGGUCUGUCCCGGGAGCGGCGGAGACCACAAGGGCCUGUCCCGGGAGAGGUGGAGACCACAAGGGAGCAGUGGAGACCACAAGGGCCUGUUCCGGGACGGGAGCGGCGGAGACCACAAGGGCCUGUCCCGGGAGAGGCGGAGACCACAAGGGCCUGUCCCGGGAGAGGCGGAGACCACAAGGGUCUGUCCCGGGAGAGGCGGAGACCACAAGGGCCUGUCCCGGGAGAGGCGGAGACCACAAGGAUCUGUCCCGGGAGCGACGGAGACCACUAUGAUCUGUCCCGGGAGCGGCGGAGACCGAGCGGCGGAGACCACAAGGGCCUGUCCCGGGACGGGAGCGGCGGAGACCACAAGGGCCUGUCCCGGGACGGGAGCGGCGGAGACCACAAGGGCCUGUCCCGGGACGGGGGCGGCGGAGACCACAAGGGCCUGUCCCGGGACGGGGGCGGCGGAGACCACAAGGGCCUGUCCCGGGACAGGAGCGGCGGAGACCACAAGGGCCUGUCCCGGGACGGGAGCGGCGGAGACCACAAGGGCCUGUCCCGGGACGGGAGCGGCGGAGACCACAAGGGCCUGUCCCGGGACGGGAGCGGCGGAGACCACAAGGGCCUGUCCCGGGACGGGGGCGGCGGAGACCACAAGGGCCUGUCCCGGGACGGGAGCGGCGGAGACCACAAGGGCCUGUCCCGGGUGAGGCUGAGACCACAAGGGUCUGUCCCGGGAGCGGCGGAGACCACAAGGGUCUGUCCCGGGAGCGGCGGAGACCACAAGGGCCUGUCCCGGGAGAGGUGGAGACCACAAGGGUCUGUCCCGGGAGCGGCGGAGACCACUAGGAUCUGUCCCGGGAGCGGCGGAGACCACAAGCCUGUCCCGGGAGAGGCGGAGACCACUAGGAUCUGUCACGGGAGCGCGGCGGAGACCACAAGGGCCUGUCCGGGGACGGGAGCGGCGGAGACCACAAGGGCCUGUCCCGGGACGGGAGCGGCGGAGACCACAAGGGCCUGUCCCGGGACGGGAGCGGCGGAGACCACAAGGGCCUGUCCCGGGACGGGGGGCGGCGGAGACCACAAGGGCCUGUCCCGGGACGGGGGCGGCGGAGACCACAAGGGCCUGUCCCGGGACGGGAGCGGCGGAGACCACAAGGGCCUGUCCCGGGACGGGAGCGGCGGAGACCACAAGGGCCUGUCCCGGGACGGGGGCGGCGGAGACCACAAGGGCCUGUCCCGGGACGGGGGCGGCGGAGACCACAAGGGCCUGUCCCGGGACGGGAGCGGCGGAGACCACAAGGGCCUGUCCCGGGACGGGAGCGGCGGAGACCACAAGGGCCUGUCCCGGGACGGGGGCGGCGGAGAGCACAAGGGCCUGUCCCGGGACGGGGGCGGCGGAGACCACAAGGGCCUGUCCCGGGACGGGGGCGGCGGAGACCACAAGGGUCUGUCCCGGGACGGGGGCGGCGGAGACCACAAGGGCCUGUCCCGGGACGGGAGCGGCGGAGACCACAAGGGCCUGUCCCGGGACGGGAGCGGCGGAGACCACAAGGGCCUGUCCCGGGACGGGAGCGGCGGAGACCACAAGGGCCUGUCCCGGGACGGGAGCGGCGGAGACCACAAGGGCCUGUCCCGGGACGGGAGCGGCGGAGACCACAAGGGCCUGUCCCGGGACGGGAGCGGCGGAGACCACAAGGGCCUGUCCCGGGACGGGGGCGGCGGAGACCACAAGGGCCUGUCCCGGGACGGGAGCGGCGGAGACCACAAGGGCCUGUCCCGGGACGGGGGCGGCGGAGACCACAAGGGCCUGUCCCGGGACGGGAGCGGCGGAGACCACAAGGGCCUGUCCCGGGACGGGAGCGGCGGAGACCACAAGGGCCUGUCCCGGGACGGGAGCGGCGGAGACCACAAGGGCCUGUCCCGGGACGGGGGCGGCGGAGACCACAAGGGCCUGUCCCGGGAGCGGCGGAGACCACAAGGGCCUGUCCCGGGACGGGAGCGGCGGAAAGAGACCACAAGGGCCUGUCCCGGGACGGGAGCGGCGGAGAGAGACCACAAGGGCCUGUCCCGGGUGAGGCUGAGACCACAAGGGCCUGUCCCGGGACGGGAGCGGCGGAGAGAGACCACAAGGGUCUGUCCCGGGAGCGGCGGAGACCACAAGGGUCUGUCCCGGGAGCGGCGGAGACCACAAGGGCCUGUCCCGGGAGCGGCGGAGACCACAAGGACCUGUCCCGGGAGCGGCGGAGACCACAAGGGCCUGUCCCGGGAGCGGCGGAGAGAGACCACAAGGGUCUGUCCCGGGAGCGGCGGAGACCACAAGGGCCUGUCCCGGGAGCGGCGGAGACCACAAGGACCUGUCCCGGGAGCGGCGGAGACCACAAGGGUCUGUCCCGGGAGCGGCGGAGACCACAAGGGUCUGUCCCGGGAGCGGCGGAGACCACAAGGGGCCGCGUCUCUAGGUUCCCCGCAGUGA